GCUUACUUAAAACCCGGCGACGAGGCACCGAGGAGUGCAAAGUCCGUGCGCCACGUGCCUGAUCAUGGAGUCAGCGGGGACACGAGCGAGCCCACGUGCGAGGAUGCCGCGUAUUGUCGGCCUGGCCUGGAUGGCAAUAACGCUCGUCGCCGGGGCUUGGGGCUACGCCAUCGGCGGCUCCAGUGACGGUUACUGGGAGCGGAGGGCGAGCAUCCUGCUCGAGGAGGAGAGCGCGAUGAUCGGCGGCGAUCUCGUGUUCGAGGAGAAGGAGAGGCUGGUCAACCAGAUGCUCAUGAAGGCCAAGCACAAGGAGAUCGAUGACGCUUUUAUCCAUAAGGCAACCUUCCUGCCAUCGCAGAGCUUCCUCCUAGUAUCAGACAAGAUUCGCGAGUCCCCUGUCUUCAAAAUAAUCGAGCAGAUGCCAAAAGGAGCUGUGCUACAUACCCAUGACACGGCAAUCGGCUCCUCGGAUUAUCUUUUCUCCAACGUAACUUUCCGGCCAAAUCUCUACAUGUGCGACCUCAAUGGCCAACUCUGGUUCCAAUUCUUCGACAAACCCGAUAGAAAGGAUUGCAACUGGCAGCUCCUGAGCGAGCUCAGGAAGAAAGACACGAAUAAUCUGAUCGAUCAAAGAAUAUCGAGGCAGCUAACGAUGGUUACAGAGCAACCGGAGAAAACCUAUCCUGACUCGACAAUCGCCUGGACCAAAUUCAUUGAUAUUUUUCGACUCAUUACGCCGAUGUUGACGUAUAGACCAGUCUAUGAAGAUUAUUUCUAUCACGGGCUUUUAGAUCUUUACAACGACAAUGUUUUCUAUAUAGAAUUACGUUCGACUUUACCGACGCUGUACGAACUGGAUGGAACAAAGUACGGUCCGAUCGAAGUGGCUCUUAUUUACAAAAAAGUUACCGAAAGGUUCAUGCAGGAUUAUCCCCACUUUCUUGGCAUGAAGUUAAUUUAUGCCCCAAUUCGAAGCAUGGAGACGGCACAAUUUAACGAAAGUUUGAAGGUGGCACUCGAGCUUAAAAGAACAAUGCCCAACUUCUUCGCGGGUUUCGAUUUGGUGGGUUUUGAGGAACAGGGGCCACCCCUAAUAAAUUUUGCAGAUCAGAUACGAACUCUCGACGAUGGGAUAUUCAGGUUUUUUCACGCAGGCGAGACGGAUUGGUAUGGUACAAACACCGAUGAAAACCUUGUCGACGCUCUCAUGCUGAACACGAAGAGGAUCGGCCAUGGGUAUGCCAUAUUGAAGCACCCGGAGCUGCUGAAAUAUGCACGAAAUAAGAAAGUCGCCAUCGAGAUAUCGCCCAUCUCCAAUCAAGUGCUUGUUCUCGUUAAGGAUUUGCGCAAUCAUCCGGCUUCUGUGCUUUUCGCGGAGAACUAUCCCGUGAUCAUAUCUAAUGACGACCCGGGCUUAUGGGGCUCUCGAGGUUUAAGUUACGACUUCUACGAGGCCUUUGUCGGCAUGAUGUCACGUAACGCCGACCUGAGGGCGCUGAAGCAGCUCGCCAUGAACUCGAUCCUUUACUCGGCAAUGAGCGAUAAGGAGAAAAACCGCGCCAUGGAGAUAUGGAAAAAUCGCUGGGACGAAUUUAUUGAAAAGAUGAAUGACGAUGUGUUGUGCAAAUAUUCGCGAUUGUAGGAUAAUUGUUUGAAAUUCGACGUUGGAAUUUUCUUGAGAGUAAUUUAUACGAACGUUUUAACGCUCGCAAACUGACUUGCGAUUUAGAAAUAUUAUAAAUCAGUGAUUUAGUGAAGGACCAACGAUUUUUGUAUUCAAUAUAUAUUUCAGCUUUCAGGGAAAUUUUAUUGGACAUAGUCGGAUUCGUGAAAAUAAAAAGAAAGUAAUGAGAAACAUGUAUUAAGUAUUAUUUUCAGUUAGAAAUACA